GAACAAGGAGGACGAACCCGGAAGUUAGUUAACAGGGUGCUCGUGUUUACUUUUUUACUUAGCGACUUAAAUAAUCUGUAGUUUUUAUUAUUAUUAUUAUUAGCUGUGCGUUCUAAUAUUUAUAUCUCGCAGAAACCACUAAUCCCAGACACUGAGGUCAUGGACGCUGCCAGUCGGAGAGACAAAGCCAAGCAGAAGGAGACGUCUGUGCGAGGGGACAGAGCGAAACCCAAAUCUGCUCAGCAGGAGCUCAAGCAGAGACAGAGAGCAGAGAUCUACGCCCUGAACAAAGUCAUGACAGAACUCGAGCAGCAGCAGUUUGAGGCGUUUUGCAAGCAGAUGCAGUCGCAAUCGGAGUGAAGACGUGACGUCAUGGAGCAAAAAAGACUGCUGGCGUGCAACACUACAGCGUCGUAGAGUGGAUCGAGUGUUUGUAUAAUCUCAAGUGAUGAUACACUGUGUCCACUUUGUUAGGAACACCUGCUUAUUUAUGCAGUCAGCCAAUCAUGUCUGACUUUAACCGUGGAAUAUUAUCAGAUACUGUAACUGCGGGAAUGAGAAGAGGUUCCUGAUCAAGCGGAGUGAGUCAGUGCUGUAUGAUUUUAGAGCAAAGCAAUCAGUCGAUCAUGAUGAUGAUGUCACUAGCAGUAUUUCUACUCAUGUUUUGAAUCAGUUACAAAGUGAGAAAAGGAUCAAAUGAUUGAUUACACACUGUUUAGUGUGAGAAGUGACAAGGAGGAAAUGCAAAAUGUUAAAUAUUGGUGCUACGCUUCAAUUUAUGAGGAACAAAUUGUACUUUAAAAAAAAAAUCAUCAUGGAGUUUAUUUCCAGUGUUGAUUCUUCGUAUUAAACUGUUCCUGAGUUUACAUUUAGACCCCACGUGGAACGAGGUCUUGUGUCACGUGUCGUGGCUCUCACGUCUAUUUUUAUUCAUAUGUCACAGUGUUCACUGAUUAACUGAGGUUAUUAUUGAAUAAAUAAUUUUUUUUUAAA